CCUGGUCACGAUUACGUCAUAGUGCCAUAUAUGGAACAAGGGUUUCCGGGAAAUCCUCAAUCGGGUUCUCAGAACAUUAAUUACCAUAUCAAUGCAUAUACAGACCAAUAGCUAUCACUGCUCUCAGUGCAGGGGAUACAAACAAACUUCCACGAAGCAAUAUCGACUUUUCAAUCAUAUUACCUGAGCCUUUUCAAUGCACAAACCGCGGCGAUAGGUGAAACUAGGUCACGUGAAGACACGUUUACAUUCAGAUGUGGUUCACUAAGUUUCUGUGCUCGACCCUUGCCUUAAACAGCAGAAGUUUCCAGGUAAACUGAAAUACAUGCCAUCGCUCUGGAUUUGGAAGUGAGCCAUUUGGCUAUCGCGACCUGACAGUUCCAGGAACAACACUCAGUGCACCAGAGACGUUUGGGCUCGCCUCGUCGUCAAUGUUGUGAUCGACUUUUCACUGUCGUCAGUGUUUGUUGAAGUUGUCACGAGCAGAUAUAGUUUGGAGCGAAAAAGAUUGCAUGUCUUUAAGGGGACCAGGAAAGCUAACCUGCGUCUAAGAAGCAUCUCAGCACAGAUUGAAUGAAGGAAUCCUGACAAAACCAAAAUGUCACUCCAGUUUACAUGCUGCUGCAGGUCCACUCAGACCACUAAAAGAAAAAUGUCAAGUGUAAAGAUAAGAAGACCUGGAGGACGAUGGUUCGGAUGAUGAACAGAUGAAAAGAAGGAAUGCAAGCUCACCUGUAGAUCCUGAAGAUAUUACCAUGGAAACACCUUCAUCCAGGUCAAGUGUAAAGAUAGAAGACCUGGAGGACGAUGGUUCGGAUGAUGAACAGAUGAAAGGAAGGAAUGCAAGCUCACCUGUAGAUCCUAAAGAUAGUACCAUGGAAAUGCCUUCAUCCAGUGGCACACAGAUGGCGAGAUUACAGAACUUGAACCAGAAUGCUAUCGCGCAAUAUACAGAGGAUGUUAGAAUAGGAGAGAUGACAGAGGUCAAAUUGGCAAAUUGUCCUAAUACUGUAGUCGGUCAGAAGGUAGUGAUCAACCAGAACACUCCUGUGGUUACCCGAUUGGACAAGAUAAAGGUGCAGACCAAGCGAAAACUUGACAAAUUUAGAAGGGAUUCGUACUAUGAAACCAGAGCCGCCAAGUCUGCAAAGGAGUGUGUGAAAAGUGGCUGGGUUUUACUUAAAGGCUCUGAAGAAUAUGGCAAGACAUCACUGGGGCUGUACAUUCUCAAAACCUUUGAUCAGUCCUACAUCCCACUUUAUAUCCAGAAUCAAGGUGAUUUGGAAUGUAUUACAGAUCUGACUGGACUUGAAGAUGUUAAAAAGGAUGGUAAAUUUGAAACGUUCGUCAUUUUCAUUGAUGUUCCCUUUAAGAGUCAUGAUGAAGUUGAUACCCACUUAACUGAUGCAGUGGAACUUGCUAGCAGAGGUGCAGCUCAUGUUAUAAUAAGCAUUUCAACAAAGAACCUGCCAAAGCUGGAGAAAUCUACUCUGCUUAAAUGUCAGGGGAAGAAUUCCCAACAUGCAGUGACUCUACAAGACCUUCCUUUGCAAGAACAUGAACGAUAUGAAAUUUUGAAACAGAAAUUAAAGCCACAGACAGUCAAAUCUUUAGGACCAACAGAGGGCUCUCAAGAGGCGGCACUUCAGGAUAUUGCAAAGUUAACUGACCACCCCUGGUUCUUCAUGGCCAUUGAGUCAAGUGGCUCUAAAAAGGGCACAGAGCUAGUGACAAGCUUAAAGAACCCAGUUGGUUCCUUCAUUCAGCAGCUUGAACACAUGGCCGAAAAUGAACAGAUGAAAUUUGCUGCACUUGUAAUGAUUGUGAAAGAUGGUUUCUUAUAUGAAGCCAAGAAUAGGCCUCAAGAUCACCCAAAUCUCCACAACCAUUUUUUGAAAAUUUAAACAAGAUACUUGACAUACAAGGCA